ACUGCAUGAGUAUUUUCCUCUCCUUUCCUCUCUCUGCUCCACUGCUCUGAUACCUCUUGCAUCUCUCGCAGACAUGAAUCUGCUGGGCUUCGCUGUGGUUCUGGGACUUCUGGUGGGGACGUGGGCUCAGGUGAAGGUGCUGCGGCCUCUGUGCGACUCCCCUGAGGUGGAGGAGGCUGCGAUGGUCGCCCAGGAUUACCUCAAUGGCCAGCACGCUCACGGCUACAAGUAUGCACUGAACAGGAUCGAGGAUGUCAAGAUCCAACCUGGGGCUAAUGGAGACGACACAUACUUCCUUGAAAUUGACCUGCUGGAGACAAACUGUCAUGUGUUGGACCCCACACCUCUUGCCAACUGCACAGUCCGACCCAAAGUGUUGACUGCCGUGGAAGGAGACUGUGAUGUGGUGCUGAGGAAAGUUGCAGGAGUUCUGACUGUGACUGCAUUCAAGUGUAAAACAGACGAAUCAAGAGAGGACCUGUGCCUGCACUGUUACUCCCUCCUCCCUCUGAAUGACACUUCAGCGCUGGACUUUGUGCAGGCCUCACUGGCGACCUUUAAUAACAAUACUAUGAACGUGACUUACACCAUCAUGGAGGUUGGAAGGAUGUCGUCACAGGUUUUGGCCGGUGUGCCACACUAUUCAGUAGAAUAUGUCGUGGUUGAGGCUAAUUGCACUGGCACAGCCUGCACGCCUCUGAAUGACCCCAUGGCUGAACGUGGUAUUUGUUAUGCCAAAGGUUUCAAAGCCGUUCACAAUGUGGACUGCAGAAUGUUCCCUGCUCCCAUGAUGCCAGUAGAUGCCAACAACACUGUGGCUGUACCUCCAGUUGUACUUGCAGACAGCCUGUCACACAAGCACGGUCUGAAACACCACAAGCUGACCUCCCUCCAUGACCCCCAUCAGAGUGGCCUUCUGUCAGCAGAGUCAGCAGAGUCAGAAGAAAUUGUACCUGUGGUCCCUGCAGUGGUUGAUGCUGCUGCACCUGUUGCAGCUGCUGCAGAUCCUGCUCCAGCUGGUGAUCUUGCUCCAGCUGCAGACUCUGAAUCAAACUCAGAAUACAGCAGUGGAGAGGUCCCUGUUGCUAUGUUUAAGAGAGAUGUAGCUGUUGCAUCUGCUGCUGCAGUAGUCGGCACCCCUGCAGCUCCUCUUCUUCUUGUGCCAGCAUGUCCAGGAAGGGUUAGAUAUUUCAGUUGAACAGGUCCCACAGACUCUCCAUCUUUUCUUUCUUCAGCUGCAUUGGUGCUAGUGUAACUUUAAUUGAUGCAGAAAAAUGUACCGUGGUAGGUUGAUGUUACAAAAUAUUAUGUUUCCUACAAACCAAGAAUAAUCAAAAUUGUCGAGAGAGCGUAAUGUAUUGCAAAACACGAAAAUGAUAGAGAUUUGCAUUUCAUUCUGAAUAAAUCCACAAACUCCAA